CCGGAAGUCCGAGGGCAUGCUUUCCCAACAUGCUCUGCGAAGGAGCCAGCGAUGGCGGCGUUCGCUAGGGGCCCCUGGCUCAGGCUCCGCUACAGGCUUAGCCUACCCGUGACGGGUCAGCGGGCAAGUGUCUGUGAACAGGUCCCCAGAUGUAGAUUUUAUUCUGGAAAUGCGGUUGUCUCAAAGGUUGAAGAAACUGGUGGAACGGGAAUUGAAGAAGUGGUCAUUCCAAAAAAGAAAACUUGGGAUAAAGUGGCAGUUCUUCAGGCACUUGCGUCCACAGUAAACAGGGAUACCACGGCUGUUCCUUAUGCAUAUCAAGAUGAUCCUUACCUCAUACCAACAACCUCUGCAGAGUCUCGUUCAUUUUUAUUGGCAAAGAAGUCUGGGGAGAAUGCAGCGAAGUUUAUUAUUAAUUCAUAUCCCAAAUAUUUUCAGAAGGAUGUAGCUGAACCUCAUAUACCAUGCUUAAUGCCUGAGUACUUUGAACCUCAGAUUGAAGAUGUCAGUGAAGCUGCUCUGAAGGAACGGAUCAAGCUCAAAAAAGUGAAAGCUUCUGUGGAUAUGUUUGAUCAGCUCUUACAAGCAGGAACCACUGUGUCUCUGGAAACAGCUAAUAGUCUUUUGGAUUUAUUGUGUUACUAUGGUAACCAAGAGCCUUCAGCUACUCACUUUCAAAGUGAACAACCAGAAGAGUUGGAAGAGGCCACAGAGGAAAAUUAUGAGGAAACUAAAAAGAAGACUGGUCCCGUUACUUGGAGAACAAAAAACAAUGCUGAGAGAAUCUUUGCUCUAAUGCCAGAAAAAAAUGCCCACUCCUACUGCACUAUGAUCCGAGGAAUGGUGAAGCACAGAGCUCCUGCACAGGCAUUAAACUUGUAUACUGAAUUAUUAAAUAACAGAUUCCGUGCUGAUGUAUAUACUUUCAAUGCAUUGAUUGAAGCAACAACACUGCUGUCAGACGAGAAAUUUGAGGAAAAGUGGAAUAAUAUACUAGAACUACUGAAACAAAUGGUUGCACAGAAGGUAAAACCAAAUCUACAGACUUUCAAUACCAUUCUGAAAUGUCUUCGAAAAUUUUAUGCAUUUGGGAAAUACCCUGCUUUACAGACCUUACGAGAAAUGAAAGCCAUUGGAAUAGAGCCCUCACUUGCCACAUAUCACUAUCUUAUUAACGUGUUUUACCAGCAAGAAAGCCCUUCAAACGCCUCAUCCCUUCUAAUCUACGAUAUCAUUAAUGAAUUAAAGGGAAAGAAGUUUACCCCAAAGGAUACAGAAGAUGAUAUGUUUUUUCAGUCCGCCAUGAGAGUUUGUUCGUCUCUCAGGGAUCUAGAACUUGCUUAUGAAGUACAUGACAUUUUAAAUACUGGAGAGAACUGGAAAUUCAUUGGACCUUAUCAACGCCGCAAUUUCUAUUUUUCCAAGUUCUUCAAUUUACUUUGUCUAAUGGAACAAAUUGAUGUCACCUUGAAGUGGUAUAAGGACCUGAUACCUUCAGUCUUCUUUCCCCAUUCCAAAUCCUUGAUAGAGCUUCUCCAAGCAUUGGAUGUAGCCAACCGGUUAGAAAUGAUUCCUCAGAUUUGGAAAGACAGUAAAGAAUAUGGCCACACGUACAGGAAUAACCUGAAAGAAGAGAUUUUGAUGCUCAUGGCAAGGGAUCAGCACCCACCAGAGCUUCAGGUGGCAUUCGCAGACUGUGCUGCAGAUAUCAAAUCUACCUAUGAAAGCCAAGAUGCCACACAACCAGUCGAUACAAUGUCAGCCACCACUCUAAACUAUAUAGCUGUCCUGUUUUUAAGGGGUGGAAGGAAACAGGAAGCCUGGAAAAUGUUGGGACUUUUCAGGAAAUAUAACAAGAUUCCUAGAAAUGAAUUGCUGAAAGAGUUUAUGAAGAAUGCAAAAGCAUCCAACAGCCCUUCCGAUGCCAUUGAAAUAGUAAAGCUGGCAAAUGCCUUCAGUUUACCUAUUAGUGAACACCUCUCCCAGACGGUGAUGAGUGGCUUUGCAAUCAGCCAAGAACAAAAAAAAGCCCUAGGAAACCUAACAGCAUUGACCAGCGACAGUGAUAGUGAUAGUGACAGUGAUACGGACAGGGACACAGACAGCGACAGUGAUACUGGUGAAGGCCGAUAAAUGUGGACACAUUAGCAGUGCUCUAUAAUCAGACUUUGGAACUGAGAUGUAACCAUGUUUUAACCGUGGUGUGAACAAGAGAAUACAGGCUUGAUGAACCUUGAAUUACAGUUGAACUGUACUUCCUGAUUUGAUAUUAAGCCAUCCAUCCGUUCAGGACAAACCAGAGAAGCAGCACUAUUAUUUUCAUUUGUUUAGGCGCACAUUGUGAGCUCAUUUCAGCAUAAACUGUCUGCAUCAUGUCAUCGUCAGCACUGUGUGCCCUUAUGUUGUGGAGCUCUCUGUUGGCUAAGUCUGGGUCUUAGUAAGUGGUAACUUAAAAAGGCGUUUGUACAAUUGCAUUUCAUUUGCUGUUGGCUACAUGGUGAAAUUUGUAAAGAGAAAUAAUGGGCCUUUGGACUGGAUGUUGGCGCAUCAAGUUCAGCGCACACUACAAUGCACAAGGACUCAGGUUUGAGCCUCCGGUCCCCCACCUGCAGGGGGAAAGCUUUGCGAGUGGUAAAGCAGUGCUAUGGGUCUUAUCAUCCCUCCCCUCUUGAUUUCCAGCUGUCUCUAUCCAAUAAAUAAAAAUUAAAAAAAAUAUUUUUUAAUGGGCCUUUUGGGCUGUACAUAAAAUACUGUAACUUGGGGAGUCAGGUGGUAGCAGCAUGUUAAGCGCACGUGGUGUGAAGAAGCACAAGGUCCAGCGGAAGGAUCCUAGUUCAAGCCCCCAGCUCCCCGCCUGCAGGGGAGUUGCUUCAUAAAUGAUGAAGCAGGUCUGCCGGUGUCUAUCUUGCUUUCCCCCUCUGUCUUCCCCUCCUCUCUCAAUUUCUCUCUGUCCUAUCCAACAAUGAUGACAUCAACAACGACUACAAUAAAACAAGGGCAACAAAAGGGAAUAAGUACAUUUUUAAAAAUUGUAAUUGAUGUACAUGUUUCUGGCAUUUGAAUAUUCUGUUUACCAGUCUCUCCAUUUCUUUCCUAAAAGUCUGUAUGGUCACAUUAUAGUUGUGCUAUAUUAAAAAUGGUCCAAGGAUUGAAAUGUC